GGCACUGGCGGCACCACGGGGCUCAACGAGGAGCAGAGACUCGGUAGGGGUGACUGUUGAGUCGACUCAAAAGUCACCUUGGUGGAGUCAGAGGGGGCACUGGAGAAUCCGAACAGGAAGUUAGCACCGCGGUGCGGAUGGUGUCAGCCAUGGCCUCCCUCUCCCCCGCCCACCACGCGCUUCGUCACCCCCCGCGCCUCUUGCGCCACGAUUCGCGAGCUGCUGUUUCGAGCGCCCCGCGUCCGCGCAGCAACUUGGUUCGCUCGCUAUGGCUGUCUCCGCUCACCUCAACCGGCCCCUCACCGUCCGUCCCGCGUCAAUGCUCGCGCCUCUCGCCUCGCCGCAUCUCCUCAAGCAAAGCGUUGUUGCAGAAGGCAGACCAGUCGUCUCGAAAGUGGUCUUCGCGCGGGCGCGCAGCAGCGAAAAAUGGCCCGGAGGCGGCACGGCCGUCGGACCCACCUGCUACAGAGAGCGUCGAUGUGCUUAUAGCGGGGGGUGGCGUCGCCGGACUAGCCACUGCCCUCGCCUUGCACCGCGUCGGCAUCCACGUGGCCGUGGUGGAGCGCGCGCCGGCUCUCGCCCAAUCAGGAGCGGCGCUAAGUCUGUGGGGCAACGCUUGGCGCGCUUUGGACGCCCUUGGAGUGGCGGUGCUGCUGCGAGGCGAAUACGUGCGGCUGGAGGGCAUCGACAUCGCAGCAGCGGACGGCUCUGCUCUGCGCUCCUUUGACUUCGCUGACUGCAAUGUGGGACCAGACCACGAGGUGAGGGGAGUCACUCGCGCCCACCUUCUCUCCUGCAUGGCCUCCCAACUGCCACCUGGCACCAUCCGAUUCGCCACCACAAUCACCCACAUCCCAGAACCCACCAGCACCACUGCUGCCACUUCCCCUGUGACUGUGACUCUAUCCAACGGUGCCUCUAUUGAAGCCAAGGCUCUGAUAGGGUGUGACGGUGACGCGUCAGCAGUGGCAUCUUGGCUCGGCCUGCUGCCCACCAACUACGCCGGAUACCGGGCGGCACGAGGGGUGGCGGAACUAGAUUCUGCAGAUCCCGUUUUUGCCACUGCCAGCGAUGGUGGUGAUGCUGGGUCUGCUGACGUGGCAGGGAGUGGGGAGGGGGGGGGGCGGGUGCGGUUGGUGUGGGGGAGGGGAGUGCGAGCGGGUUUGUACCCGCUCACUGCCACGCGGGUCUACUGGUUCACCUGCUACAAUGCCCCGCCCACCCCCCUGCCGCCCAAAGGAUCAGAAGCCGCAAAGGAAGAGGCGCUUUUCCACGUGCAAGGCUGGCAGGGCGGCAUCGAGCGUCUCAUUCACGCAACGCCGCCCACCGGCAUCACAGUCAGCCCCAUCACCGACCGCUGGACUCUGCCGCCCCCUUUGGGCACAUGGGGACGAGGCGCCACCACUCUGGCCGGAGAUGCCGCCCACCCCAUGACACCGAACCUGGGCCAAGGCGCAUGCACUGCCUUGGAAGACGCCGUUGUGCUGGCGCGGUGCCUCUGGGGGGCCUCUGUUCCAGAUGCGGAUGACAAAAACGGGAGCGGCGGAGAGGGAGGAGGGGAUAGGGCGAGCGUGCAGAGAAGGGUGGAGAGUGACAAGGUGUGUGGAGCUUUGAGGGAGUAUGAGGUGUUGAGAGGGAGGAGGGUGGUUCAGCUGACGGUGCGGUCGUUUGCCAUCGGGUGGUUGCUGCAGUUGCCCCAGGAGGCGGUUUGCUUCGCCAGGGAUGAAGUGGUGUUGCCACACCUCUUCUCGCCCUCCCAUUUCUUGGACCAUGCGCUCUUUGACUGCGGGAAGCUUCCAGAAAUUGAUGCUUGAAGUAGGUAAUACCCAGAUUUUUUGUUCAUCACAUGCUGUGCUGUACCUAUCUAUCCAUCAUCGCAUACACCUAAUGAGAUAUCACGUGAUGCCACAUCAAAUAU